CGUCAUAAUGGCGGAAGCAGAGUUGACGAUACGAUCAUACGCAGUUUUUAAUCAUUGAAAUGAUAUGUCGGAAUUAUUUUUUUCCGAUUUAAAAUUCUACAUUCUCCCAACAGGGAUAGGAAAAGUAAGAAAGGAAAUAUUCGAAAAUCAAAUUAAAAAACAUGGUGGCCACGUGGUGAAUAAAGUAUUCGAAGCCACGCAUUUAAUCAUCGAAGAUUCCUUAGAUCGUUGUAAAUUAGAAAAAUUCGUUAAUGAGAAAGAUGUAAGAAAUUUAGAAAUAAUUAAAAGCCUUUGGUUAAGUAAAUGUUUUGAGCAACGACAAUUGAUUGAUUCAGAUUCAUAUAAAUUAAAAUGUUCUGUGAUAAGGAAGGAUGAUGAUUUAAUUGAUUGUUGUAAACGACAGAAAGUUGAAAAUGAAUGUUCAUUAAGUAACACUGAAAAUAAUCACAUACAAGAUUCAGGUUUCAGUUCAGAAAAUACAAGUCCUAUAAAGAAUCAGGAUUUAAAUUCACAAAACUGGGUUUGUUCCUAUUCAUCUAAAAGCAAGCCGACAAAUUAUAAUAAGCAUAUAAUAGAAAAAUUGGAAAUUUUAGCUGAAACAUAUAAAAAUACAAAAGAUCAUUGGAGAAGUUUUGGUUAUCAGAAAGCUUUACUUGCUUUGAGAAAUUAUCCAAAGCCAAUAACUAAUUAUGAAGAGGCUCUUUCUUUACCAGGAAUUGGAAAGAGUCUUGCUAAUAAAAUUUGGGAAAUUAUUGAAAGUGGACAUCUGAGAAAAAUUGAUGAAAUAUGUUCUGGACAAAAAGUAGAAGCAAUAAACUUAUUUACCAAGAUUUGGGGAGCUGGACCUACAACUGCAGAACAGUGGGUACAGCAGGGUUUAUAUACAUUAGAAGAUUUAAAUUCCAAGGCAAAACUGUCUUUUCAGCAAAAAAUUGGAUUAAAAUAUUUUGAUGAUUUUUUGGAUAGAAUGCCUCGAGAGGAAGCUAAAGAAAUUGCAGAAACAGUAAAAUCAGUUGCAUUAUCUUUUAAUCCUGAUUUAAUAGUUGAAGCAUGUGGUUCAUAUCGACGUGGCAAGCAAACUUGUGGAGAUUUGGAUAUUUUGAUUACACAUGCUGAUGGUGAAUCACAUAAAAGCAUAUUAUCUGAUCUAAUUAAUAAAUUACAUGAAGAGGCUCUUUCUUUACCAGGAAUUGGAAAGAGUCUUGCUAAUAAAAUUUGGGAAACAUAUAAAAAUACAAAAGAUCAUUGGAGAAGUUUUGGUUAUCAGAAAGCUUUACUUGCUUUGAGAAAUUAUCCAAAGCCAAUAACUAAUUAUGAAGAGGCUCUUUCUUUACCAGGAAUUGGAAAGAGUCUUGCUAAUAAAAUUUGGGAAAUUAUUGAAAGUGGACAUCUGAGAAAAAUUGAUGAAAUAUGUUCUGGACAAAAAGUAGAAGCAAUAAACUUAUUUACCAAGAUUUGGGGAGCUGGACCUACAACUGCAGAACAGUGGGUACAGCAGGGUUUAUAUACAUUAGAAGAUUUAAAUUCCAAGGCAAAACUGUCUUUUCAGCAAAAAAUUGGAUUAAAAUAUUUUGAUGAUUUUUUGGAUAGAAUGCCUCGAGAGGAAGCUAAAGAAAUUGCAGAAACAGUAAAAUCAGUUGCAUUAUCUUUUAAUCCUGAUUUAAUAGUUGAAGCAUGUGGUUCAUAUCGACGUGGCAAGCAAACUUGUGGAGAUUUGGAUAUUUUGAUUACACAUGCUGAUGGUGAAUCACAUAAAAGCAUAUUAUCUGAUCUAAUUAAUAAAUUACAUGAACAGGGUUUUCUAACUGAUGAUUUAGUUAAAAAUGGAGAAUAUGGAACACACACAAAAUAUUUAGGAGUAUGUAAAUUGAAUGGAGAUGACAAAAAGCAUAGAAGAAUAGACAUCAUAACAGUACCAUAUAAUGAAUUAGCUUGUGCUAUGUUAUAUUUUACUGGUUCUGCACACUUUAAUCGUUCUAUGCGUUUAUUAGCAAGAAAGAAAGGAAUGGCACUUUCUGAACAUUCUCUGAGAGCUGGAGUUAUUAGAAGAGGAGGAGAAAAAAUUUGUGAAGGUUAUGUUCUUCCUACACCAACUGAAGAAUCUGUUUUUGAGCAUUUGGGAUUAACUUACAGAAUUCCAGAAGAAAGAGAUCAUUAAAAAGGACAUUGAUAAUGAAUAUUGUUUGUCAUUAUAACAAACGUAGAAUUAACUGUUAUAUAAAUACACAAGCUUUUUAAAUUUAAACAUUAUAUAAAAUGAAAUACAAGGUGCAUUUUAUAAGUAAUGUGACCAAUUUUUUCGUGACACGAUGAUAUGCCAUAUCUAGUUUUAACCUGCUGCACUAGGUGGUGUGGGGUGUUAGCUUCAAAAGUCCUUUCUCGUUUGCUUCCAAGCUGCCAGCAGGUGAGGACGUUCGUUCCCGUGAACCCUGUUUUGAGUUAAUGUAACAUGGUGCAAUGGAUCAUUUUGUGGAGCAACGUUAUGCUAUCAAAUUUUGCAUUAAACUUGGGAAGUCCGCCACCAAAACCUUUACACUAAUUGAGCAGGCCUUUAGGAGUGAUUGCUUGUCCAAAUCACAAGUUUUCUAAUGGCAUAAGUUGUUCAAGGAUGGCUGAGAGGUGGUCAUUGAUGAUCCCCACAGUGGACGUCCAUCAACCUUCCAAACUGACGAAAAUAUGAUGCAUAUGCGUGAUUGUUUGAACUCUGACUGACAGUUGAGCCUUCAAUUGAUAGCAGACACUCUAAACAUGACGAAAACAAUCAUUUAUUGCAUUGUGACAAGAUUUGAACAUGAAAAAGGUGUGCGCCAAACUGGUCCCAAAAGUGUUGACUGAUGAACAAAAGGACAUGUGAAUGCUUUGGUGCCAAGAGCUCUUGGAAAUGUGUGAAAAUUAUUCUAAUUUUUUAAACUCAGUUAUCAUCGGUGAUGAGUCAUGAACUUUUGAGUGUGACCCUGAGACAAAAAGGCAGAGUUUGGAGUGGCACACCCCAGCAUUGCUCCGCCGCAAGAAGGCACGUGUGAGUAAGUCCAGGAUCAAAACCACGCUCAUUGUCUUCUUUGACGUCAGAGGUAUUAUUUACCAUGAAUUUGUACUUGCCUGGACCACUGUAAAUGCAGCUUUCUACUUGGAAGUGCUCAAAAGACUGAAAUGGAGGGUCGCGUGUUGCCAAAAUGACAUCAAGGGCACGUGGAAACUUCAUCACAACAGUGCACCAAGCCACAGCUUCUUCAUUGUCAACGAUUUCUUGGCCAAGACCCACACCGCAUUGGUUCCACAGCCACCUUACAGUCCUGACCUGGCUCCCGCCGACUAAUUUUGUUUCCUCGCUUAAAAGGGGCCAUGAAAGGGAAACAUUGGGACACAACCGAAAACAUCAAGGCUUAUGUUACAUCGGCUCUAAAGGAUGUUCUGGAGAAGGCCUUCCAGGCCUGGAAAUACUGACUUCACAAGUGUAUCAAUGCAGGAGAGUGCUAUUUUGAAGAUUUUUGACUAAUUGUAAGAACAUGUUCAAUAAAUGAUUUUUUAUGAAUUUGGUCGCAUUUACUUAUGGAAUGCACCUUGUAUUAUGAAGGAAGAUUUGUUAUU